AUGCUAUGGAUGAUCAUAGAUCACGCCCUUCGACUAGUGGAUACGAGAUGCUUCCCUUGCCCACGCCGGUGGAAUUGGUUCAAGAUCCCGGAUGAAAUUGAUCAGGACGUCAUGGGUAAGGGAUAUAAUCCUAAGUACAUUAGAGAAGGGGUGGUUGACCAACGCCGGGCUAGUGUGUCGGGAAAUCUGAGCAAUGUGCAAUGCUGGGCUCGGGGGCGGCAAAGGCGCUUUCAGCAUAUAUACUCAGCUGCUGGUGGCAUUAACUCGAGUAGGUUGUCACCCACUUCAAGAAUUGCCAGCUCAGACGUGGAAUCCAGGCAGAUGCAUACCACCCGGAGUAUCCGAGCAAGACCAUCGACAGAAUCAUCCUCACAUGUUUUCGGAUGA